CCGGCUUUCUGACUUGUGGCCACUUUAACACACACCCAUAUUCAACUUCUAUAAAGAUGUCAGCAGCCCCAGGUGGACAAAGAACCGACAUCAAGCGUCGUAACAAUGCUAAGGCCAAGGCUCAAGCGCAAUCACAAACCCCAACUUCCACGAGAUCUGCUGGGUUUGGGGGAUCCUCCGCUUCUCUUCUCAAGCUGUACACCGACGAGGCACAGGGAUUGAGAGUUGACCCAUUGAUCGUCAUGUUCCUUGCUGUUGGUUUCAUCUUUUCCGUCAUUGCUCUUCACAUUGUCGCCAAACUUACUGGUAAGCUCUUGAACUAAUCAAUGGUAUAGCCCCACACACAGAGAGAGAAAAGAAGAGAAAGAGAGAGAAAGAGAGAGAAAAGGAGUUGAAGUGGUGGUUGAAUAAACAAAAGAGAUAAUUUUCUAUGUAUAUUAAAAUCCGGGAUUAUUCACACGCGUAGAGUCAUAUUCACAAGUCCUUUAGCAACAGAGAGAUAACGUCCUGGAUGCGAUCCUUUUGGACAAAGUGCUUUUCAACACCAUUGUUAACUUCAC